GUCACACAUGCAGACUGUAGGUAUUUGGUUGGUUAAUACUCGAUGCUCGCAUGCGUGUCGAGUUACGCAUUAUGGCCGCCACGCAUAUCAUUCAUUUGUUACCUGUAUUGUUUGUGCACAUACAAGUGGAAUUAACGUUUCACAUACACGAGAUAUAAUCUUAGGGGCAGUAUGGUAAUCUUUUGUGACGGGACUAUGUGUUUAUAUGUGGAACAGUAAGUUUUAAAGUAGCAUCAGAUUUUUUAUUAACAAUGAGUAACCAUAACGUAUUGAAAACAGUUGUAACCGUGCUGGUCUGAAGUGGACGUACCGGGUUGUGAUGCACUUACACGGGGCGCUCUCUAUAGUCCCGUACCGGGCCGUGACAUACCUACACGGGGCGCUCUCUAUAGUCCCGUACCGGGCCGCGAUGCACCUACACGGGGCGCUCUCUAUAGUCCCGUACCGGGCCGUGACAUACCUACACGGGGCGCUCUCUAUAGUCCCGUACCGGGCCGCGAUGCACCUACACGGGGCGCUCUCUAUAGUCCCGUACCGGGCCGUGACAUACCUACACGGGGCGCUCUCUAUAGUCCCGUACCGGGCCGCGAUGCACCUACACGGGGCGCUCUCUAUAGUCCCGUACCGGGCCGUGACAUACCUACACGGGGCGCUCUCUAUAGUCCCGUACCGGGCCGUGACAUACCUACACGGGGCACUCUCUAUAGUCCCGUACCGGGUCGCGAUGCACCUACACGGGGCGCUCUCUAUAGUCCCGUACCGGGCCGUGACAUACCUACACGGGGCGCUCUCUAUAGUCCCGUACCGGGCCGUGACAUACCUACACGGGGCGCUCUCUAUAGUCCCGUACCGGGCCGUGACAUACCUACACGGGGCACUCUCUAUAGUCCCGUACCGGGCCGCGAUGCACCUACACGGGACGCUCUCUGUAGUCCCGUACCGGGUCGCGAUGCACCUACACGGGGCGCUCUCUAUAGUCCUGUACCGGGCCGUGAUGCACCUACACGGGGCGCUCUCUAUAGUCCCGUACCGGGCCGCGACAUACGUACACGGGGCGCUCUCUAUAGUCCCGUACCGGGCCGCGAUGCACCUACACGGGGCGCUCUCUAUAGUCCCGUACCGGGCCGCGAUGCACCUACACGGGGCGCUAUCUAUAGUCCCGUACCGGGCCGCGAUGCACCUACACGGGGCGCUCUCUAUAGUCCCGUACCGGGCCGUGAUGCACCUACACGGGGCGCUCUCUAUAGUCCCGUACCGGGCCGUGAUGCACCUACACGGGGCGCUAUCUAUAGUCCCGUACCGGGCCGCGAUGCACCUACACGGGGCGCUAUCUAUAGUCCCGUACCGGGCCGCGACAUACCUACACGGGGCGCUCUCUAUAGUCCCGUACCGGGCCGCGAUGCACCUACACGGGGCGCUCUCUAUAGUCCCGUACCGGGCCGCGAUGCACCUACACGGGGCGCUCUCUAUAGUCCCGUACCGGGCCGUGAUGCACCUACACUGGGCGCUCUCUAUAGUCCCGUACCGGGCCGUGAUGCACCUACACGGGGCGCUCUGUAUAGUCCCGUACCGGGCCGUGAUGCACCUACACCGGGCGCUCUCUAUAGUCCCGUACCGGGCCGUGAUGCACCUACACGGGGCGCUCUCUAUAGUCCCGUACCGGGCCGCGAUGCACCUACACGGGGCGCUCUCUAUAGUCCCGUACCGGGCCGUGAUGCACCUACACGGGGCACUCUCUAUAGUCCCGUACUGGGCCGCGAUGCUCCUACACUGGGCGCUCUCUAUAGUCCCGUACCGGGCCGUGAUGCACCUACACGGGCGCUCUCUAUAGUCCCGUACCGGGCCGCGAUGCUCCUACACGGGGCGCUCUCUAUAGUCCCGUACCGGGCCGCGAUGCAUCUGUACGGGGCGCUCUCUAUAGUCCCCGUACCGGGCCGCGAUGCACCUGUACGGGGCGCUCUCUAUAGUCCCCUACCGGGCCGCGAUGCAGCUACAUGGGGCGCUCUCUAUAGUCACGUCCCUAGAGAAUAUUGUACUGAUAUUCCCUGCACACGUACCACAGCAGUGAGCAUUUACAUGUAUGUAACAGAUUUAUUACCUUGUAAAUUGUCUGUAGGGUUUGCAAACUACCCCAGCGCUCAUCAAAAGCAUCCAUGUUGGUAUUUAAAGUGAACGCCAGCAAUCGAUUGUGCACAGUCUACCCAGAGCUGCAAUGGACACAAAUGUGGAGUGCAGUAGGUGUUUCGUUCGUGGAAGUGCACAGUGACGUGAAACACAUCAUAAACGUUCGAGUGGAUACGUCUUCCGGUACGUGUGCGGAGACGUAUUAACCAGCCUUUAGGCUGCAGCCCUCACUGAAACACGAUUUGAUCUGGUGUCUGUGGUCUGCACUACUCUCUUAAUUAUACUGAUCUCUGCGUCUCCCUGUGAUGUAACACAUGUAAGAACCUCCUCUAUCUUCUCUCCCCCACAUCCGCCCUCUCCUCCCUAAUUCCCAUCUCCCUGCUCUCCUCUAUCUCCCUCUUCUCCAUGCUCUCCUCACCUCUCCCUGUCUCCCACAUCGCUCUCUGUCUCCCUCGGUUUUCCCCAUCUCCCUCCCCUACCUCGGUCUCUCUCCUCUCCUCUGUCUCCAUCCUCUCUGUCUGCCUCCCCCGUGUCUCCCAUCUCUGUCC